CCAGCUCUAGUUACCCUGAUAUUUAUUGUUGCUGUGAAUGCGGACAUGUAUUCAGACGUCAUUCAGGAAGAAUGGAAGGCGUUUAAGAUGGAGCAUGAAAAACUUUAUCAGGAUGAAACGGAAGAGCAGCUCCGAAUGAAGAUAUUCAUUGAAAACCGUGAGUGGAUAGCGAAACAUAACCAACUGUACGCCCUGGGGUUGGUGUCCUAUAAAUUGGGUGUUACCCCUUUUGCUGAUAUGUCGCAGCAAGAAUUCAUGGAAAUCUUCAAUGGAUACCAGGCAUCAGCUGAAAGCGAGGACAACAAUACGCUACCUUACCUUAGCCCAGCAAACGUCGAUAUCGCAACGAGUGUUGACUGGAGGAAAGCUGGCGCUGUUACUCCAAUCAAAAAUCAAGGAUACUGUGGCGCAUGUUGGGCCUUUUCAACCACUGGAGCUCUCGAGGGACAACAUUUUCGAAAAAAUGGGUCUCUAGUUUCACUUUCUGAGCAGAACCUUAUUGAUUGUAGUUAUGGGUUUGGAAAUUAUGGUUGCCGUGGUGGCACUGAAACUAGAGCUCUCAACUACGUCAUCAGAAACCAUGGAAUUGACACGGAGCAAUCAUAUUCGUAUGUAGGAAAGGAUAACGAGGAUUGUCGCUUCAAUCCGAAAACCGUAGGUGCCACAGCCCAAGCUACAAUAAGGAUUCCGUCAGGAAAUGAUAAGGCCUUACUCAGUGCAGUUGCUACCGUGGGACCAAUAUCGGUUGCAAUUGAUGCUUCAUCGUUCACUUUUAAGCACUACAGUGGCGGAAUUUACCAGGACUGGCGCUGUAAUCGAAACAGACUAACGCAUUCAGUUCUUCUUGUAGGCUAUGGUACCGACUCUAAAAACCGUGAUUAUUGGUUGGUGAAAAAUUCAUGGGGAACCAAGUGGGGAGAGGAAGGUUACGUAAGAAUGUCUAGGCGAGUAACAAAUAACUGUGGCAUUUCCACAGACGCUACCUAUCCACUAGUUUAACAUAG